AUGGGAUUGGUUUUCAAACUUUUGCUUCCUGGAUCUUUGGCCCUUCAGUGUUUUUAUGACCAAAGAGUGAGUCCAUUUCCUCUCCCUAAAAAUGAAUCAACCGGCCAAUUCCUCCUCGGCACGGCUGAAACCCUGGUCGACCUAGACGAACCAAGCAACAAGCACCUGUCGGGAAUCAUUUUCAAAGACCUCGUUAAUCUAAUCGACAACUAUUACUACUACUAUGGAAAUGGAUCGUCUCCUGUUGACAAGCAAGAUCUUCUCGAAAAUGGGAUUGACUUCAAUGACCCUAAAAUUCAACAGAUUCUUGACAUUUCUUCCGGAAGCAUUUAUAAAGCAACAUAUGCAAAUCAUGCUGGAAACAAUGGAGACCAGCUUUAUUUCUCCCCGUGCUCUUUCAAAUCCAACAGAAAGAUAUCUCCUCAAGUUGUGCAGAAGACAACACCUUUUGGCGAGGAUCAACUGUGGUGCGCAGUAUCGCACUAUCCCUGCGGCAUGGACAGUAAAAUCAAGGACGACAACCCGCUAGCCUACCGCUGCCACACGAGAGCGGAGUGCAAGGGCCCCAAUCACGAGACAAAGAGCUGCGACAAUAGUGAAAACUACUACAUCAGCUAUGCCAUUUGUUUUCACGCCCCGCAUUCGACGAUGGAGAUAAUCAAUGAAACCUGCGAUGUGGAAUCUGAAGUGCCUAAGGAAGAAAACGAAACGAUUUAUAUCGGCUGUAGGUGUAGAAGUGACAACUGCAACCAUCAUAUGAACAUCAAUCACUCCUGGAAAGAAUUCGAGCCUGAAGAACCGGAAGCGGCUACAUUCAACCUGUACAAACUUAUCUCCAUCACGGUCCCCAUCCUCUGUGGAGUCGUCGUCGUUUUCGCUUUUGUUUACAAGUUCUACGUACGCCGAAAAACUCCGUCUAACAACGGGAUGAAUGGAACGCACAACGAGCAGAUUCCAAUACUCCCAACACAGAACGGGAACGACUCGCGCGUUGAUUUACACCAGGACUACACCAUCGAUGUUGAUCACCAGGAUGCGUGGGUGAGUGACAUUCAGCUCCAUGAAAAAUUCGCAGAAGGAAAAUAUGGAACUGUUUGGACGGGGCUAAGUAGCGACAAUCGUAAAUAUGCUGUAAAGUGCCUUCAGGAUAAAAACUCUUAUGACAAUGAGCGAAGUAUCUACAUGAUGCUCAAGCCACUUAUGGACAUUCACAAGCCCAACAUUCUCACCUUCCUCGGUGCUCAAGAGCGAUACGACGUUCAGAAGGAGUACUGGAUCGUCACAGAAUACCACGAAGUCGGAUCGCUCAGUGACUUUUUGCACAAACACACCUUGACAUUCUCUCAAUUAUUGAAUGUGAUCGCCACUAUGGCGGAUGGUCUGCGGUUUCUACACGAAGAUAUGACACCUACCUUCACUCAACUGUCUGAGGGAAAGCCGUCUGUUGCUCAUCGAGAUCUCAAAUCAAAGAAUGUCUUGCUCAAGAACGAUUUGACGGCGGUCCUAAGCGAUUUUGGCCUUGCCAUUCAAUUCAAACUUGGUGAAAACCUUGGAGAUGCCCACCCAUCUGUUGGAACGCGGAGAUACAUGGCGCCAGAGAUUCUCGAGCGUGCAAUUUCCUUUCACCGUGAUGCCUUUUUGCGCAUUGACAUGUAUGCUUUUGCUUUGGUCAUGUGGGAAUGUCUUUCCCGAUGCAAGGACUUGCCACGUGGACCUGCUCACUACUCGUUGCCGUAUGAAAAUGAGCUUGGCACUCAGCCCACCCUUGAGGACCUCCAAAAUAACAUCGUUGACAACAACCUUCGCCCAAAAUUCAAGAAGAAGGACGACGCAUACGACGAUCCCCCGUGGAGUGAGGACGACAAAUUCAAGAAUCUCUGUGAGACAAUUAGAGAUUGUUGGGAUUGCGACGCCGAGGCUCGUCUCACUGCAGGAUGUGUGCUCAAGAGAGUUCAAGAGAUUCAAGCACAGUUUGGCUGUAACGCGGAUGGUCAAGCACCCAUGUAUUCGCUGAGCCGUCAAUCCUCAUCCGGUGGCUCUUCCGGCGGCCUUCCCAUGCCUGAGCACUCGAUUGUUGGCUCCAACACUCCAAACGGUCUGACUGCUCAAGGAAGCCACUCAAUGCUAAGCCAUUCAAACGGCCCGUCAACCUCAACGCCACACCCUGAUCCUUUGAUGAUUCAACAGCGACAGCAACCGCGGCUGCAACCGAAUGAGCCGAUUUUCAACUACCUUAAUAACCAGCCCUUGAAUCCGCCCAGAUCUAACCCAUGCGAUCCAAAUAUGACUAUUCCAGAAAAUGUAACGAUGCAUAAUGAUGGGACAUUUGAACGAUCUCAACCUCUCUUCCGGCAUUGA